AUGUCUGAAUAUGAUCUCAAACUGAUCGAAGACCAAAGUACUAACCGAAUGCAUGAGUCCAUGCGUCUAUUCGCUUCAAUUUGCAAUAGCCCCUGGUUCGUGAAUACAAGUGUCAUACUAUUCCUAAAUAAGCGUGAUCUUUUCGAGGAGAAAAUCGCAAAAUCUCCACUCACUAUCUGUUUCCCUGAGUAUACAGGUAGCAUGGAUUAUGCGGAGGCGUCCAGUUAUAUCCAAUAUAAAUUUGAAGACUUGAAUCAACGUAAGGAUACCAAAGCAAUAUAUACCCACUUCACUUGUGCCACAGACACUGGCAAUGUUCAGGUUGUUUUUGACGCUGUUAUAGAUGUAAUAAUUAGGAACAACCUCAAGGACUGCGGUCUCUUCUAG